UACGAACAAGUGAAAGUGUACUUUCAAAGGUAAAACCCGAAUUAAAGCACAAACCCAAGGUCCCAAACCCGCCCUCCUUUCUUUCAGUUGCUUCAGAUUGUAGAAGAAAUUCCCAAUAAUUCCUACUGCUUUUCUUCACAAAAAAAUUGUAAUCUUUUCUAGUUCUGACUAAAUAAUCAGUGAGCUGUUGGCUGUACAACACUCCACCCGAACAGGAGCUGUGGGAAUUCAGGAGACAUGCAUUUAUUUUAGAUGUCUGACCAUGGAGAUCCUCUGCACUUUGGGGUGGACUCCACUAAAAAGACCUGGCUUUAUUGGCCAUUUGGAGAAUUGCUUUUGAGACCAUUGCGGCGUGUGGUUGGAUCCUUGUUUGGAAGCUCUUCUAAAUUGGUCUCUGCGAGAGAAAAUCCGCAUUCAGCUGGAAUGGCUUCAGUAGAUCCUAUUGAUAUUAGUUCAUCUGACGAUUCUAUUUUGCGGGAGAUAGAUGAAUAUUUUGAUGAGUCGCCUUUAAGGGACUCUGCAACAUCUUCCAAUGCUAGGAGUCUUCCUAAUUGGGCAUUGACAUCUUCGUCAAAUAUGGCUGGUAGGGGUUCUACUUCAUCAUCCAAUGCUAGGACUCUUCCAUCAUGGGCAAUGCCAUCUCCAUCAAAUACAGCAGUUAAUGGCAGUCCAUCUCGAACAGCUUCAUCUCCUAAAAGACCAUUUGCUUCUAAUGGAAGUUCAUCGCAUUUUACUUCCCCUGGUAUUUCAAAAGCCCCAAUUCAUGCAACCACUAGUGGCAAUCUAGGAACUUCCUAUUCACAUACAGCUGGAGUUGACAGCUCAGAGUUUUUGAGUAAUUAUGAUGAUGAAUGGCGUUCUACUAAGCGGGUGAGGUGGACGCAUCCUACAUCCGUCCAGACUUCCCAGCCCAAUUUCAGAUCAAACAAUUUGGUUGAGGACGUGUCUAGUAGUCACUUUCGGGAAAGUCAUGGAAACGCUUCCCAGUCCACUAGGCCAAAUUCAACCAAUAGCUUGAAUUAUCAUUUUGGCAGGGGCACUGAUGAUGCGGUUAUGUAUGAAAACAGAGGGAGUAGGGUGUUACCUCCAUCUUUAGCAUAUGGUAAAUAUACUUCAGCUACUUAUGCCAAUUUGAGUGAACCAUUACCUCAUAGGGGGUUAGGCGAAGAAAUGCAAGCUGGAAAUGAUGAAAGAAUGAUUUUACAAGCAGCUUUAAAGGGUAUUAACCAACCUACACGUGAAACUGAUCUGCCUGAGGGUGUUUUAUCGGUUUCUCUGCUUCGGCACCAGAAAAUUGCUUUAGCAUGGAUGAUGGAGAGGGAAACAGCGGGUGUUUAUUGCUCGGGUGGAAUUCUGGCGGAUGAUCAGGGCCUAGGUAAGACCAUCUCAAUGAUUGCACUCAUACAAAAGCAUAGGUCUUUACAGGAGGAUUCUAAAUCAGAGAAGUUAUCUACUACCAAAGCUGAAGCCUUCAAUCUGGAUAAUGAUGAAGAUGAAAAUGCUGGUAGGACUCCUGAGAAGCCAAAGAUAAAGGGAGAGUCUGACGAUUUGGAAGAGCUUUCAGGACCGAGUAGUUCCAUGACUCAGUUUCGCAAUAAGAGGCCAGCAGCUGGUACAUUAGUUAUUUGUCCAGCAAGUGUGCUUCGACAAUGGGCUCGUGAGUUGGAUGAGAAAGUCUCUGAGGAACACAAGCUCUCAGUGUUAAUCUAUCAUGGAGGAAACAGGACGAGGGAACCUUCUGAAUUGGCAAAGUAUGAUGUGGUUUUAACAACAUAUGCAAUUGUGACGAUUGAAGUUCCAAAGCAACCUUUGGUUGAGGAGGAGGAUAAUGACCAUAACAAUGGAGAGAGAUAUGGAUUAUCUUCUGAGUUUCAUGUGAAUAAGAAGCAGAAGAAAGCAUCUUGUAACAAGAAGGUAAAGAAAGGUAAAAGAGGAACUCAGUCUGAUGGUGGCGCACUUGCGAGUGUGCGUUGGUUCAGGGUGAUUUUAGAUGAAGCCCAGACAAUAAAAAACCACAGGACUCAAAUUGCUCGAGCUUGCUGCACACUUAGAGCAAAAAGGAGGUGGUGUUUGUCUGGAACACCAAUACAAAAUACAAUUGAUGAGUUAUUCAGCUACUUUAGGUUUCUGAGAUAUCAUCCAUAUUCACAGUACAAAGAAUUUAUUGCCAACAUUAAGCUUCUGAUAUCUAGAGACUCGAUUCGUGGUUACACAAAGCUUCAAGUCGUCCUGAGGGGAAUAAUGUUGCGUCGAACAAAAGGAACAUUGCUUGAUGGGAAACCUAUAAUAACACUACCACCCAAAACUACACGUUUGACCAAGGUGGACUUCUCUGCUGAGGAACGGGCUUUCUAUAACAAGCUAGAAGCUGAUUCACGCUCGCAAUUCAAGGCUUAUGCUGCUGCUGGCACCGUGAAUCAGAAUUAUGCAAAUAUUCUAUUGAUGCUUCUACGCCUUCGCCAGGCUUGUGAUCACCCACAACUUGUCAAAGGAUUUAGUUCUGAUUCUGUGGGAAUAGAGUCCUCAGAAACGUUGAAGAGGCUUUCAAGACAAAAAAUUCAAUAUUUAUUGGGUCAACUUGAAAUGUCCUUGGCCAUCUGUGGUUCAUGCAAUGAUCCACCUGAAAAUGCAGUUGUUACUAUUUGUGGGCAUGUUUUCUGCUUUCAGUGUGUGUCAGAUUACUUGACCGGGGAGGACACUACAUGUCCUGAAUCUGGAUGCAAACAACAACUUAGUGCUGAUAUUAUCUUUUCCAAAGCUGCAUUACAGAAAUGUCUAUCUAGCGACUUUGACAGUUAUCAUGCCAAUAUAUCAGGAAAUGAUGAAAAAUCAGCAGUGCUCAAAGAUAAAUACAGUUCCAAAAUCAAAGCUGCCCUUGAUAUUAUACAGUCAUGUUGUAAACUAAGUCUUAGUUCAGAAAGAAAUGAAAUGCAACUGAAUGGUGAUGCUUCAUCAUCAGGAAAUGGAGCUGCUUAUUCACAGAUUUCCAGACAAACAAAAGCUAUUGUGUUCUCCCAAUGGACAAGCAUGCUAGACUUGGUUGAGAUUUCGCUUAACAGUUCUGGUAUAGAGUACCGAAGGCUUGAUGGUACAAUGUCUCUAGCGGCUAGAGACAGGGCUGUCAAAGAAUUUAACACCAAUCCCGAGGUGACUGUUAUGUUAAUGUCUUUAAAAGCUGGAAAUCUAGGUCUUAAUAUGGUGGCAGCCAGUCAUGUGAUUCUUUUAGAUCUUUGGUGGAAUCCGACUACUGAAGAUCAGGCUGUUGAUAGAGCUCAUAGAAUAGGACAGACCCGUCCUGUUACUGUUUCACGGUUAACCGUAAAGGAUACUGUUGAAGAUCGGAUUUUAGCUCUCCAGGAAGAAAAGAGAAAAAUGGUUGCAUCUGCUUUUGGUGAAGAUCCAAGUGGUGGCUCUGCAACUCGCUUAACUGUAGAUGAUCUCAGAUUUUUGUUCGAGGGGGAAUCAGGGCGGACACGGUCAUCUGCAAAUGGCCUGCUUUAGAAGAACACUGAAAAAGUUGUGGAUUACCUGCUGAAUGAUGAUAUCCACAAAAAAAAAAAUUUUUUUGGUGCACCUGCACUUCCUGAGUAUGCAGCCCUAUUAUGUAAUUGGACUGCUAUAUCUUGGUGCAUUUCUAGUGGUUAGCAACUGGUUUUUUGCAGCCAGAAAUGCGAAUUUCUGGCUUACAUCGAUUAAAAAUGUUUAAUUUUCAUGUACAGAUGUUUCAUAUUUUUAGUAAUGCAUAUUAGACAUGUUAGAAGUGCAGCUAUCAGCAGGCUUGCAGCAUUUCAGCUCUUGCUUCGAUGCCAGAUGUAGGGGGAUUUAUGUCUUUAGUUGUUUUGUGGUUUAGGUUAAAGCAACUGGAUAUAGAAGCAAAAGCUUUUGUAAUGGGAUCAUGAGAAGCAGCCAAUUUUGAGUUGUGUAUAUUGCUGCAGUUUGUUGAAUUUCAGGUGCUGCUUAAUGUAUCAUAUCCAACGAAUCUGAAGAAAGACUGCAGUAGGCUAAAAUGGUUGUUCAAAUGCAACCCUGGAUGACCGAAUCUUGCUAAAGGCUUACACUUGAGUAGACCCGAUCUUCAAAAAUUCAAUGGUUCAGAUUGUGUCACACCAUUUCAUCAAAUAGUGUGGUACAAUCUGAGCCAUUGAAUCUAUGAAGAUCAGGUCUACUCAAGUUUUGGCCCUUGGUAAAAUGCUGCUACGGCCGAGCUUGCCGUCCUUACAAAUUCGAAAAAGGAGCCCAUGUACAUUUGCCUCAGUAUUUGCAGUGUUUUGUAACAGGGAUCUUCCUGAUUCCAUUCCCUAUAUUUUCCCUAGCAUUAGACUUUGCAGAAGGAACAGGACUACUAUGCCCUCUCAAUAGCAUUGCUUCAUGUUUUUGCCAGCAUAGCUGCAUAGGAAUAUAUAUUUUGUAGUGAUAACUGCAUCUGAAGUCUAUUUCCUGCAGUAUUGUCCCGAAAGAAGAAAAAUGAUUUUAAGUACUUAA